AGUGGUAGGAAUGUGAAACACUGAGCCGGCCGCUCCGACCCCCGCGGCAGCUACUGAACGUGUUCCAACGCGCGCGUGACGUUAAAAAUGUCGCGUGUGUUGUUUUGUGGCUUUAAGCCGAUAAGCUAUAUCGAAAAUUACUUCCGUGCGCCGAUACUCGAGAAAGGAGAGAAGCUGUAUGUGGCGGGCCACGUUUACGACGUGAAGGAGACCGACGGCACCGACUUGAGGGCGAAGUGUCACUCGCAGCAAAGGAAAGAAGUGUACGACGUUUCCUUGCAGCUGACCAGACCUGGCCGCGAAAUAAGUGCAGGGCGCUGCAGCUGCAGGUACGGCGCACGGGGAGACUGCAAGCAUUGCGCAGCACUAGCCAUUUUCGUUGUCCGUUAUGAGGACCGAUCAAGCACGACUGGCCCAAAGUGUUGGGGUGUGCCAUCCAAAAAACCGAGAAUAGACGACAAGAUGUCCAUCGAAGACCUUUUCGGUGUGAACAAGCACCCGUACGUUGGGGGUAAAAAGCCUGCCGCAUUAGAGCCCAAUUAUGUACUAACUCAUUUUCCAGACAUCGAAUGUGCUACAUCAAGGAUUCUUAGAGAAUGUGACGAAACUUCCGAAGAGAAUAUCUGCAGAGAUAUUGUUGACCGUAUUGUCCAUGAAGUUGUUCUAGGGGAGCAAAUAACUCUAUUAAAAUGCACUCUAAAAGAACCACAAGAAGUGUUUCACACAUUAACUGUAGAGUGCACUUACCCCAAAGUGCUCAUAAGAAAAAAAGAGCAUGAAGCACUAAUGGCCCAGCAAGAACUGGCUUAUUACAAUGCGAAAGUGCGGUGUGCUGACACACUCCAUCUCUGUGCGCUCACCAAGGGUCAGUCGCGGAACGUAAGGUGGCACCAAGAAAGGAGAGUGCGCAUUACAUGCUCGCUCGCGCACACGAUUCUUCGGUCCCGAAAGCCUCCCCAGGAAUUGGCAGAUGCACUCCUGCGUGCUCCACGAUUUUCUUCUACAGCCACAUCCUAUGGUAUACAGAUGGAGCCAGUAGCUCGUAGAGAGUUCCAGGUAAAAAUGCGUGCAGAUGUUGUUGAGACAGGACUUGUGCUUCACCCUAGACAGCCGUGGUUGUGUGGGAGCCCAGAUGGCCUCGUUUUAAAGGAAGAUGGAACCCACCUACUCGAAAUCAAGUGCCCUUUCUCCAGAAAAGAUGGAAAAAUCAUAGAUUACGAAAACUUUGUCACAUUUGUGCCAUACAUUAAGUACCGCAAUGGAAAGCUAGAGCUGGUGAAAGGACACAAAUACUACACUCAGGUGCAGCUUCUAAUGUACAUAUGUGGCAUUGAAAAAUGUUUCUUUUUUGUGUACAGCUCAAAGGAAAGCAUUACUAUUCCUGUGAAAAAAGACAAAAGUUUUCUUUGUGCGGCUGUGCGUUACUUAGAAGAUUUUUAUUUUGAAUGGUUUUUGCCCGCGCUUGCUAAGCUGUGAAGCCUAUAUUGUUUCAAUUGAUGGAAUAAAUGUAAUCAAUCAUUCCUCUGCAUAAGUUUGUUGUCUCGCAUGGUAGCAUCAAAUGCACGCACUUGCAGCUGAGUUUGUAAAUCAGAAAUUGGCAAUUACCAAACCUAGUAUGCUUAUACACAGCUGUUCUUAGAGGCACACUUCCAAACUCCGAACUCUUCUUUUAUGAAAAUUUUGAAAAAUA